AUGAUUGAAAUCAUGGAGCCCGUCACUCCGUCACAAUUCAGCGACAUGAAGGUAGCCGCAGAGGCUCUUUCACGCAUUCUCACACAAAAUGACAUCAAGUUUGCCUUUAUCGGCGGCUUCGCCGUGUACCUCCUCGGCGGUGGUCGCUCUACCCUCGACAUCGAUGUUUAUGUUGAUAUGGACAUAAACACUAUCCGAGAACGCUUCAAGGAUAUCGUUUGCACAGCGGAUUCUCGAUUUGUGGUAGAUGGCCUGAACGUAUUCUUUGCUCCCGGCGGGGCCAAGGAGCGUAUUCCUAUUGAGACGCUUGCGCUUGGAUCUCUUGGGCUACCUCGUAAGAUCGUUACUUUCUACCCAGACGAUGGAACAAUCCCAGUCCUCAUCCCCGACGUCCUCAUCCUCACCAAAAUGAAGCGCGCAGUCCAAUACAUCGGAAGUACACGACCACAGUCGAUCACAAAAUACAAGUCAGACGUUUACGACAUUGUCCAUCUACUCGACUGGCUCAACAUACACGACCAUAAGAUUGGCUUUUCAACGUAUGAAGGCGCGUCGCCGUCAAGGUUGUACGACGCGGUGGGAAAGAUGCGGAAUCACUGGCUCAGCCUUGGCUAUGACGAGAAUGUUCAACUUCUGGAUGAUGCUCUUAACGAGGAAGACGCAUUGAGCGUAAAGUGUAGUGCUAUUCAGCUUGACGGAAAUUAG